GGCGUUUGAAAAUGUUUACCGGCAACGACUGCCAGGAUUACUAACCUAUAAAAGUAUUGUAAGAAUUCCGUGCAUGUAAUAAAUUACUAUGGAAGAUUCGAUAGCGAAAUAUGACCUUAAAGUAAUAAAAAGCGACUUAGUCAAAGCAAUAAAGGAGUGCUCUGACCGAGGAUUAAGGCACACGAGAAAAUGGCUUGGAGAGUUAAAUUUUUCUCUCAAAGGAGUGAAACUGGAUGAUCACGAUGUGACUGUGGAUGUAAGUUUUUCGGAUACAGCAGAGGAUGAGGAGGACGACUAUACAUUGGCAAAGGGUUACUUUGACCUGAAGGAGUAUGAUAGAGCUGCGUUCUUCACAGCGGGCUGUAAAAUGUCCAAAGCAAGAUUUCUUCAUUUGUUUUCACGCUAUUUGUCUGGGGAAAAAAAGAAGAUAGAUGACAUGACGGAUCUGCCGCCAGAUCCAUUGAAAAAUGAGAGUCUAAAGCAGCUCUGUGCUGAUCUUCGAAAGGAUCACUCAGCUGGAAAUUUGGAUGGUUUUGGUCUCUAUCUUUUUGGAGUUGUCCUCAAGAAGUUGCACCUUGACAAGGAAGCCAUUGAGGUGUUUGUUAACUCUGUUCGAAAGCAGCCAAUGCAUUGGGGAACGUGGCUUGAACUUGCCGCACUCAUUACAGAUAGGGAAAAGCUCGAGAAUCUCAGCCUGCCUAAUCACUGGAUGAAGAAAUUUUUUCUGGCUCAUAUGUACCUUGAAUUACAGUUAAUAGAUGAGGGUAUGGCUGUCUAUUGCGAAUUACAGUCAAUGGGCUUUGAGAAAAAUGGAUAUGUGCUCGCGCAGAUCGCUAUUGCUGUUCAUUACAAACGAGACGUUGAUGCGUCAAUAGAAGCAUUCAAACGCAUAAUAAAAGACGAUCCUUAUUGUCUGGACAAUAUGGACACGUAUUCGAAUUUACUCUACGUGAAAGAGUUGAAAGUUGAAUUAGCACAUUUAGCACACAGGGCGACGAAAAUUGAUAAGUAUAGACUGGAAACUUGUUGCAUAAUAGGAAAUUACUACAGCUUAAGAGCGGAUCAUCAAAAAGCUGCCCUCUACUUCCAAAGAGCACUAAAACUAAACCCACAGUAUUUAUCUGCUUGGACUCUGCUUGGUCACGAAUUCAUGGAAAUGAAAAAUACCAAUGCUGCUAUCCACAGUUACAGACAAGCCAUAGAGGUGAAUCGAAGAGACUAUAGAGCUUGGUACGGCUUAGGUCAGACAUAUGAGAUCCUCAAAAUGCCUUUUUACGGUUUAUACUAUUACAAACAAGCGCAGCUGCUCAGGCCUCAUGACAGCAGGAUGGUUCUUGCUUUAGGCGAGGCUUACGAGAAGCAGGAAAAAAUUCAGGAUGCGCUGAAGUGUUACUACAAAGCUUGCAAUGUCGGAGAUAUCGAAGGAAUGGCCUUGAUAAAACUAGCCACGCUCUAUGAAAAAUUAGGAGAGCAGGAUCACGCAGCUGCUGCAUACACCGACUUUGUUAUGGACGAACACAGAAACGCGGAUAGGGGCGAGCUGAGUCACGCAUACAAAUAUCUAACAACGUACCAUUUGAAAUUCGAUCAAUUAGACCAGGCUAAUCAUUAUGCUCAAAAGUGUUUGCAGUUUGACGAAACUAAGGAAGAGGCUAAAGCCCUUCUCAGAACAAUCGCUCAUAAACGAGCAAAGGUGGAAGAGAAUCCGAUGGUGAUUGAAGAUAUGAACGAAACUGAUCCAAUUGCUGAAGGAACUGGUAGCCGCGUCGAUGGAACGCCCGGAAAUCAAUUAUCUCCAAUGAAUUUGUCUUUUACGCCACCGCAGUGAAGCGUAAGUCGCUCCUUCGCUUCAGUUUCGGGUAGCUAAGUAGGUUUCUGGAUCUGUCUAUUAAUUUUUGAUACGAUAUUACAGUUCAAGUUUAUCAAUUUUGUCGGUGUUACAGAUAGUGCUCCUCAAAAAGUGGAAUAGAUUAAAAAAUUAGGGAGACAAAUCUUGUGUUGACACUUUAAAAAGUGAAUUUCUUGGCAGAAACUUCCUAUACUCAUUUGAUAUAUUCCGUUGUACAAAACCCCUGCCCUUUUUCUAGGAUAGUAGAAUUUUUACGAAUGUAAUUGUAAGUAUUCGUGUACUUACGUAACGAACGGAGAAAUCGAUUAAAAAUACAUGUACAUACGCCAUUUUUAAAGAGUUUUCGUUUUAUUAAACUGUCAUUUUACUAAAAAUCGAUAUCUAUCUUAGACUGUACGAUAUU